AUGGCGCCGCUGGGACUUACCGCCGACGCCAACCACAACGGCUCCCCGAUCUCGCUCCUCUGGGCGCACCAGCUGCGACGCGAACACGCCGCCAUCGUCGCCCAGCUCGACGAACUCAAACGCCUCUACCCUCCUUCUGCGGCUUCCGAGCUGGACAAGCUGGUCGCCCGGACCGAGAGAGCGGAGGCUGCUUACGCCGAGAUCAGGAAGGAACUCGUGGCGUUGAAGGGUGCGCAGCAGGAGACUGUGAGGGGUCUGGAGGGGUUGGAGGGGAGGAGGGAGGAGGAGAUGGAGGGAGGGAAAGAGAGGGAAGAGAGGUUCAGGGUUGAGAUUGAGGGGUUGAAGGGGCUGCUGAUGAGGCAGGGAGGACAGUUGAGUGCGCUUGUGGACGCGGUGCGGAAGGUGCAGCGUCGGGUUGAGGAGAGGAGAGAUGGAGUGGUGGAGCAGAAGCUGUUGCGGAACGAGGAGGAGAUUUCAGAAUUAAGGCGUCUGGUUCAAGCACUUGAGCAGAGGGUCGGUGAUGCUGUCACUGUCGUCAGGGACAGUGUUGGAUGUCGUGAUUCGGAUGAAGGACCACCUGCUGCUGUUCCUCCUCCUCCGGCAGAAGAUGUCUCCGAUGCAGAAUCCUUCGACCUGGACGCCAACGUACCACUCGUCGCUCCUGCUGCCGCCUCAGGACCCGUCCUCGGACCAUCGCUGGCCAUGAUCAAGGAGCCCACACUGCCGAGACAUUCGCAACGACUCCGACCGCACCAGCAGCCCGAGAAGAUGGGAGACUCGAUGGCGAUGCUGCCGGAGCCAUCAUUACCGCCUCUCCCUCCGCAGCAACCACUCAUGCCCAAGACCCGCCUCCCCGCGCCCCAAGUCGCAAAACCCGACAUCAAUCUCAUCCAAGGCCGAUCCGCCCUCUCCGCCUACAUCCAGAUCGCCGACUCCCAAUUCGAAGACACACCUCCUGCCGCGGAGGCAGUGUUCGUAGACGCCUUCGUCCAUGGACUGCGCGAUAAGCGCGACCGAAAGAAAUGCGACAAGAAGUUUAGAGAUGGGGUCAAGACGUGGGAGGGCUUGAAAGAGUGUUUCCCCGUCGCCUCGCAGAUUUCGCAGAAGGCUGCUAAGAGGAAGGGGGAGUUGCAUGUGCGGAAGAGGAGGGUGGUGAAUGCGAUGGAGACGAGAGCAGCGGCGGGGGGUGGUCCAAUGCCAUCUGCCUGCGAAUCGGGAAUGGAGAACGGGGGAGAAGAUGCGAUGGAGGUUGGAGAUAUCAGGGAUGGCGAUCCAGUGCCGUCAGCAGCCCGGAAGAGGAUGGAUAUCAGGAAGGGUCAAGCACCGCCCUCUGCCCGGGCGGAGCAGAACAACAACGAGGCGAAGCAGGACGCGCGAGAUGCAGGAAACGCACAAGCAGGAGCCGACUCAACAGCAGCAGCAGCAGCAGCGAGGAAGAGGCCUCUCGCUGAACGGAAAACCGGCCAGGUCGAAAGCACACGUGACGAAGCAGAGCCGGCUGCGAAGAGGAGAAGGACGAAGAAAAGAGGAGCGAGAAGACCGAGAGAGCGGCCUCAGAUCCCCAUCCUGCCCUCCUCCGAUGACGAGUUCUCGCGAAGAUGCCGGCGUAGAUAG